CGGUGACUAACAGGUGAGAGGCCAUCACAUGCCUAUCAUCACCCAAAUUCAACCUCCACCUCACAUGCCAUAUCUCCACCCCAUUAUAAACCACCUCAACACUACCACCCAGCUUGAGCCCAACAAACUAGAGCCCACCUACACCUAAAACUAAGCUAAGCCAGUUUGCUUAGUUGCUAGCAAGGCUUGGUAGUGUAGAGCGUGCUAUCUAUCUGUCAAUGGCAGCCUCACUCCUCAAGUCACCGGCUCUCUUGAACCGGUCUGAGCUGUUUGGGCAGUCUGUGAGGCCCCCUUCCUCUGCCUCCUUCCAUGGCCACCCGACUACUGUCUCCUUCACUGUGAAAGCUAGCGCCUAUGCUGAUGAGCUUGUCAAGACUGCUAAAACUGUUGCUUCCCCGGGGAGGGGCAUCCUUGCCAUGGACGAGUCCAACGCCACAUGUGGAAAGAGGCUUGCAUCCAUCGGGCUAGAAAACACUGAAGCCAACCGUCAAGCAUACCGAACUCUCCUCGUCUCUGUCCCUGGCAUCGGCCAAUACAUCUCUGGUGCAAUCCUCUUCGAGGAAACUCUCUACCAAUCGACUGUCGAUGGCAAGAAAAUGGUUGAUGUCCUCGUCGAACAAAACAUCAUGCCUGGUAUCAAGGUUGACAAGGGUCUUGUGCCCCUAGCUGGUUCAAACAACGAGUCAUGGUGCCAAGGGCUCGAUGGAUUGGCAUCGCGGUGUGCAGCCUACUAUCAGCAGGGUGCUCGCUUCGCUAAAUGGCGUACAGUGGUUAGCAUUCCCAACGGACCAUCUGCUCUUGCAGUGAAGGAAGCUGCAUGGGGCUUGGCCCGAUACGCCGCAAUUGCACAAGACAAUGGUUUGGUUCCAAUUGUUGAGCCUGAGAUUUUGUUGGAUGGAGACCACGGGAUCGACAGGACAUUCGAGGUUGCACUGAAGGUCUGGGCAGAGGUGUUCUUUUACUUGGCUGAAAACAGUGUUCUGUUUGAAGGUAUUCUCUUGAAGCCUAGCAUGGUUACACCUGGAGCCGAGUGCAAAGAGAAGGCAACCCCUGAACAAGUUGCUGAAUACACCCUGAAGUUCCUACAGAGGAGGAUCCCACCAGCUGUUCCCGGGAUCAUGUUCCUCUCAGGAGGACAGUCAGAGGUGGAGGCCACCUUGAACUUGAAUGCCAUGAACCAGCAGCCAAACCCAUGGCAUGUUUCUUUCUCAUAUGCACGUGCCUUGCAAAACACGUGCCUCAAGACAUGGGGUGGCAGGCCGGAGAAUGUGAAGGUUGCACAAGUAGCCCUCCUCAUGCGUGCCAAGUCCAACUCACUUGCUCAGCUUGGCAAGUACAUAGGUGAAGGUGAAUCCGAGGAGGCCAAGAAGGGAAUGUUUGUGAAGGGCUAUGUCUAUUGAAAUAUUAUUUUCUUCUCAAACUCACACAGCCAUCUUUCUUCCGAUGUAAAAGAACAAAUGACCAUGUUUUAUGAUGAGUGUGGACUAUGAUCAAGGGCUCUGUAUGGGCGGAGUAGUAUUAGUAAACGCACAUUUUUAGCUGCUUAAAAGAACUUGAGCCAUGUGAGUACAAUAUUCAGUUCCUACUUUGUUUAUUGUCAGAAAAAUAAAGUUGAAGGUCUCAAUUGGAGGUCUAAAUAAAGGAAAGAAUCUGCAAA